AAAAGUAUAUGGCGAGAGUGUCGUGCUCCACGAACGGCGGCUUUGGUCCACCAAGCGACUGGAUCACCUUCAACACUACUGCUAUAACAGCAUUCAAGGACGGAACAGAACAUGAUCAGGUCUCUAACUCAAAAACGCUGCACAGAACACAUGUUGUAAUCUUAGGAACUGCCGUCGUGUUUGCAAACCGUCUUAAUUACCUUUAAACUUAUCACUUAAC